AUGCAGGAGUCAGUCCUUCAGCAGAGCAACAGGACAGGACCUGGGCCCGGGACUCCUGAGGAGACUGGAGUUAAGAAGAGCACAGUGUUAAAGGACGAUUCCUGGACCUUCCAGACACAUCUCACAGACACAAAACGGCCCAGGGAUUUGGGUCUCUCCUUGGGACAUCAGAACACAACCUUCAAGCAGAAAUCUCCAACUUACACCUGUUCCUCAGAGACCCCAUCCCCAUUACCACUGCUCCAUGAUCUUCUCCACAUGUACACCAGAGAACACACACGGGAGAGAGACCCUACAGUUGCCUUGAGUGUGAGCAAAGCUUCAGCCCCAACUCCAACCUGCUCCGGCACAGGAGGAGCCACACGGGGGAGAAACCCUUUAUCUGCCCUGAUUGCAGGAAAAGGUUCAUUGGUACCGCUGACAUCGAGGCACCAGAGAAUCCACACGGGAGAGAAACCCUACAAUUGCUCUGAGUGCGGGCAGAGCUUCAGCCGCAGCUCGAAUUUCCUGAGGCACCAGAGAACCCACACAGGGGAGAAGCCCUUUCAAUGUCCUGAGUGCGGGAAGAGCUUCCAAGAGAGAUCAGACAUCUACAGGCACCACAGAACCCACACAGGGGAGAGACCCUACCAGUGCCUCGACUGUGGGAAGGGCUUCGCUGUGAACUCGGACCUGAUUAGGCAUAAGAGAGUUCACAUGGGAGAGAAACCCUAUCAGUGUCUGGGGUGUGGGAGGAGCUUCAGCCGGAGCUGCCACCUGAUUGCACAUCAGCGAACGUACAUGGCCUAUCAGGCCCCCAUGAGCAGAGGGGGUGUGAAAAACACAUUUGCUGAUCUUUUCAUAUGUCAGGGGAAUUCAGCUUUGGCGUAUCUGGCCGCCUGUCUCCGGACCCUUGACUCUAGCUCCUCUCCCCCUCCACUACCACUGACUGGCCCUACAAAUGCCACAUCUGCUCUCCUUUUGCUGGCCUUGCUGUGCCAAGGUUCCUUUCCAGGAUGUUUCUUUUGGGUUGAGGUGUUAGUGGAGGUAAACCAGAGCGGUGUAGAGAUCUGAUGUCAGCUGGCUAUAGAACAAUGCUUGCAACACAGAUCGGUCAACUGUCCUGCUACUGCUGACUCCACCCUGUGCUGCUGCAGCGGCUGGGAGGAUCCACAGGCUAGGCUGGGAGCAAGUGGGGUUAGGAGACCAGGAGAAGAUACUGUGGGGAAGUUCGAAAGGACUUGAGAGUUGAUUUCACCACCCCAACCCCUGUAAUGACAGUGUACCCUGGAAGUAUUGGCUCACCUAGCCACCACAAUCCAGCCAAACUCAACCCGUGGGCCAAGGUCCCCGCUGUGAUUUGUUCUGCUCAGCUUCCAGCCCCAGCUGCUGCUCAGUAACUGUCUGCUGGGUGAGGGUUUGGGUGUCAGCUCAGCCCAUGGUUAGCAAGGGAGCCCAGAGGGUGCGCCCGGAUUAACAGUGGCCUCUCCCCACCUUGGAUGGAGCAGGGGAGAUGAGACCCGAGGGACUGAAUGUUUUCUCAGAGGGUCCCCACAUUAAAACAAUCUCAGGGCUGAUGGGCAGCUGGCUCCAGGGGGUGGCCUGGAGCCAUGGGUGGCAGCAGUGGGCACGUUUCUCUGGGACCCUGUCUCUGUCUUAUUUGGUUUGGAAGCUUCUCUGUGUUUUGGUCGGAUCAGUCAUGUGUUGCGUUUUCCCCAGGUGAGCACAGAGAGGGGGCUUGAUUGUCCUAUCAGAGGGCUCUGGCUAUUGCUUAGAGAGAGGAGGCUGCUUUUGCAUUACCUCUGCUCAGUCUUGGCAGAGUUGAGCUUCCUGGGUCAGAUGGUGCUUCAGUACCCAUGAUCCAUCCCUAUGUACCCGAUCACCAUGUCGGAGCCUGGGCUGAGCAGCUCUGCUCCCCAGUGGGGUUUGUGCAGGGAGAGCCCUUCCCUAUUGCCCCUCUCUGCCCAGCCGGGGACUCUCUCCGGGGGCUGGAACCAGCCUGUGGGGCAGCCCUGGGCUCUGCUGACACCAGCUCCUGAGCCACAGACUCCAGGUGAGGGGAGAAACCUGAGGGAAAGGACUGGGGUUCGGCAGGAAAGUGAUGCUGCACAAAUGGCCCCUUCUCGCCCCAGCUCUGUUCUGGGGUGGGAGUCUGCAAGUCCCAGAGCUGGUGCCCUCCCUGACCCCUCCCCCCCACACUCUGCUCCCCUGAGUGCCUGCAGGAGCUGAGCCAGCUCCAGGAGAGCGAACAUCCCAGCACCGGGCCAGGGACCAAGUCUCCCAGUCUGAGGGUAGGGGAGAGGGGGCAGGAGGGAGACAUGGGGAGAGACUGGAAGGGGCAGCAGGAGCAAUAAGUGGGGAGGGAAGUUCCCAGCCCUGCCCAGACCCAUUCUCUGCAGCACCCCGGCGCAGAUUGACUUUCCUGGGACAAGGUGACGAGCAGAGAUCGGAAAAGCCAGUUCCUGCCUCUCCCUUGUCCCUGCGCUGCUGGGGGAAUGUGUUGCCCUGGGGACCGUGUCUGGGGGGAUCCCCCCAAAGCGGCUCCUUUGAUUCUGCUCUUUUCUAGCAUUUGAUUCACAGACUGUUACCAGGAAUCUCUUCUCUGCUGUCUUUUCCAUCUCCUUUUGAAAAACUCAAUUUGAUUUUCAAACCUCCCGGCAAUGCCAGCCGUACCAGGGCUGUCUUCCUGCUCAGAGGGGGGCUGGUUCUGUGUGGCUUUUCACAUGAUCUGGCUGCUUCAAAGGUGCAGUGACUGACCCAACAGGUCCGUGGAGGUGCGGGUGCCUGAGAACACCCAGAUAUCCCAAUUGGAAUCGUGUGUGAAGCCCUAUAUCUCAGGUCACUGAGUCCCUGUGCGUAUAUUUGUGUAGGAGAGAGACCAGUUUUUGGGGGGAGGCAGUUUGACUCCCAAUCCAUCAUAAUGAGGUGUUCAGCUCCUCUUGGGUACUUGCCUGUUCCUUUUUGGACUCGGAGGAUAGACAGUCACAGGUGACCCUGAGUUGAUCAGAGACUCUGACACCACCUGGUCCAGCAGAACCCUGGCAGAGGAGAAGUCCCCUAUUAGCCUCUCAUUGCUCCAGCCCCAGCGGCUGGGCCUGAGGCCUCUCUGCCAGCCUGUUGGGAGAGGGAAUUGCUUUGUAAACCUUUUUAUUCACUUCUCCUGCUUCUGCCCCAACUCAGCUGGACAGGCUGGUGAAGCUGGUCGUGCUGCCUUGAGGAAGUUGCCAAGACAUUCCCCUCUCAAGUUCCAACUCAGCCCAUCACCAGAAAUGUCAGCUGACCCCUGUAUGAAUCAUAGAAGAUUAGGAUUGGAAGAGACCUCAGGAGGUCAUCUAGUCCAAUCCCCUUCUCAAAGUAGGACCAACACCAACUAAAUCAUCCCAGCCAGGGCUUUGUCAAGCUGGGCCU